GUCAUCGUUGUAAAGUUUUUGACAAAAUGUCAUAAAAUUUUAAUAAAAUUAAAUGUAGUAUUAGUGAAAUGCUGACCUGUUAAUUAAACUUGAAAAAUUCGAAGUUAAAUUUCGUUUUAGGGUGUGGACAAAAUUCUAGGAUAACUGCAGCAAGAUGGAUGAUAACUUGGACGGAAAGGCCAUUUCAGUCAAAAUUUCUGGAAUUGUUACUUCCAAACCCAAACUGAAAACAGGAAUAAAGAGCAUUCACCAAACGCAGGCUAUUUUGCAAAAGUACUCGGACAUUCGGGUGACUAAGAGCGAAAAGAAACUAAAAUUCGAUUUAAAUCCAAGUGAAUACAAGGCUGUGGUAAGAUGGUGGCAGAAGCCAAGCAUACAAUAUGCAAUGGGUGUUGUUCGGGAGACUUUGGAAAAACUGAUGGGUUCGAAUUUGGUAAGCUGCAUGGACCGAGAUUACAUGCUUCAUUUGAAAGUCAGAAUAAUGGAAGAUGUGGCCUAUAUGAUGCAACGACGAAUUAAAGAGAGGGAAGUGAAGGAAUACCAAAGAAUGAAAUAUUUAGUGUUGAAUGGAAAGAUACCAUUCGAAAAUGCACCAGAUGAAAUGUCCGAACACGUUGUCAUAAUAUUGGAGAGACUCUGUAAUGAACUGAUUGAAAAGAAACGGAUGUGUUACAAAAUACCGAAGCCGAAAAUUCCUACGUUCCUUUACUGGGACGAUACUCCUGAUCCACCAUACAGAUUGUUUAUCGAGAAAGGUCAUAAGUUCCGUACUAACGAGGAACCGUUGUGCAAACCGAUUGAAAUGUUCUUACCAAACCCCGAGGAUCCAGAUUCAGAAAGAGGUUAUAUGAUGGAUCCUUUGGAAUAUAAAAAGAUCAGAUUUGUGAAUCCAAUGGUACAAAAAUUAUACCAGACUGAAUAUUUGAUGCCAAUGUACGACGAAGGCGAUGAAAUAAUGAAAGAUGAAUGUUCCGCUCCGGAGCAACCCAAAACAAUUGAAGAAUCUUGAAUAAAAUAUUUUUUUAAUUACA